AAAAAAAGCCAAAAAGAACACAGCGCAAAAUUCAAGCUCGACAGCAGCACGUACACGAAGAUUGACAAGAGAGAACCAACGAUAAGGAUGGACAUGGACGAUCAAGAGUUGCUACAGCAAUCCAUGCAGCAAGGAUUGAGUGGAGAGGAGGCCCAGGAGCACAGCGACCUGAACUUACGCCCUAAAACGAUGUUCGAUGUGAAAGGCCGCGCCCGCCCCAGCGAGACUGCGAACGACAACUACUUGCCACAAUGGUCCAAAGACGGAGAAGGGUUCAAGAAGCAGUAUUCUCUGGCGGAAGACCGCGAUCGACGAAAGAACAAAGUGGUGAUCCGAUACUCGAGGGAAGAGCUGCUGGCGAUGCACGUGGUUAGUAGUGGUCCCCCUGAAUGCCCCGAAGGCACGCCAGUUCUUGCACUCGACAGUUUGCCGCCUGUGGCCAACAUCCCAUUCGACUACGAUGAGAUCUACAAGCAGUGGGCCGCCAACAAAGAACGCACUCGUCAACCAGGGCGUGGUCGGGGCCAACCUCGAGCCGACGGCAAUACGUCGGGUGCAACUCCAUCCACCGCCAACCGAACAAACAGCAGCACCGCCAAUGCAGCGGGGGGUCGUGUUGGAGGCAACGACUCAAACAACCGGCACACCAGCGAAGAUUUGAACGACGCUUCUUCUGGGCGAAAAUGGAAUGACAAGCGCACUGGUGGAGAAGACAGUUGGGAACGUGGGGCCAGGAUCGUCCCGUCUCCCAACGGUGGCAACGAUAAAGACGACCUAUGGGAUGACGUCGAUCCAUCUGGCGGGGAAUUCAAAGACAUGGGACUGUCCAACUUUGCGGAAGCUGCCGAGCUGUUUCGCCGUGAAAUGGACGAAAUGCAUCGAGCUGGCGGCGCGCGCGCCGAGCUUCGGCAACAACCGACGAUGGAGAGCGAAGAUCAGUUUGCCGACAGCGUUGAGGAAGAGGACGAGCCGCCGAUGUGGGACAUGCCGGCGUCCGAGCCCGUGGCGGCGGACCUGUCGUCGUGGUCGACGUUCAACGACCAUCAGCCGCCGCCUCAUGUGACGCCGGUCCCCGUAGACGCAUGGUUCUAUCUGGACCCCCAAGGGCUGCAGCAAGGGCCGUUCAAGUCGGCGGAGAUGCGCGAAUGGUUUGAAGCGGGGUACUUUAAGCCGCACUUGCCGAUUCGGUUUGGGCUCGAAGGGGACUUUGCCUCGUUGGCGAAUCACUUUCGCCACGGCCAGAUCCCGUUUUCAACCGUACCGAGCCCCACGACCACCCCCGGGGCCAACCACCAACAGCAACUGCUGCUUCAAAAACAACAACAGCAGCAACUAUUGGAACAGCAGCAAUUUCUGGCCAACCAAUUGCAACAGCAACGCGUGUUGGAGCAACGCCGGGCACAAGAAGACCAGCAGCGUCGCGCGCUUCAAGAACAGCAGCGCGUUCGGUUGGAAAUGCAGCAGCGGAUACAAUUGCAAGAGCAAGCUGGGCGGGCCCUCCAGCAGCAACAACAACAACAGCAGCAGUUUCACUACCAGCGCCCCCAAGCCAUUCUUCCGGGGGCUGCGGCGAUCGGGUCCGGUUGGGGCCGCCCUCGGGAUAACAUCGUUCCCGGGGCAGGCGACAGCAUGAUGGGCGGACUGGGCAUGUACGCAGCAGGGCCGCCUACUCAAGCGCCAAAGCCCGUCACGACCGAGUAUGCGGCGCCGUCGUGGGACGAAGACACGACCGGGUCGUCGCUGUGGAAUUCGUCCGUGAAGAACGAUCCGGAAUUGUUGGGCGGGGCGUGGGACAAACCGGCGGACGAAGAGCCGUCGGCUGCUGCGUCGUGGGGAGGCGCGGACUCGUCUGGCUGGAGCAAGGAGAAGCAGCAGCAGCCGACGACGCCUGUCGUGUCUUGGAACAAGCCACCAGAGUCAGAUGGGUGGGGAGGCCCCGAGCCAGCCGCCCCCCAGGCGUCCCCCAAGUCGUCGUGGAGCAAGCCGGACGUUGUGCCGCAGUUGGGGUCGUGGGGGCGGCAAACGUCAGAGGCGGACGUGCCUGACGUCGUCAAAGAAGCCGACUCGACGUGGGAAGCCACGACCCCGAACACCCCGUCGCUCAAGCAGAUCCAGCAAGAGGAGCAGGAAAGCAUGCGUCGUCGGUUGAAGCCCUCCUCGUCGUCCUCGUCCUCGUCGUCCUCGUCCCAGCAGCCCCCUCCUUCUCCAACGCCUGACCAGCAACCCCAUUUGGAAGACAUGGGCCAACAACUCAAGCGCAUGCUGGGCGUAUCCAACCCCAGUCCGUCCAAGUCGUGGGGAAGCAAAACGGCCGCCGCCACACCGCCCGCGCCCAUCACGCGGUCCCUCUCCCUCCGAGAAAUCCAAGCCGAAGAAGAACGUCUGGCCCAACUCAAGCGCCAAGAGAAGCCUGUGGCGUCGUCGUCGCGAUGGAGCAGCGUUGUCACGGGUAUGCCACCGCCAUAUUCGUCUGCGCGGCCGGCGCCCGUGGAAGUCAAGGCCACACCGCCCAAGGAUCGCGACGCGAGCUUUUGGAACUUUGACGCAUCAGCAGCAACAGCAGCAUCGCCGUCAUCGCAUACCCCCGCAUACAACAACGGCAGCGACGACCUCGUAGCGUGGAGCUCCAAGCAAGUGAAAAAGCUGGGCGGGACAGAAGACUUGACGCUAAUUCAGUACUGCGCGACGCUCGAAGACCCAGGCGAGAUCCGCGAGUACUUGGCCGCGUACUUGGGGUCGACCCCCAAAGUGUCGGCGUUCGCGACCGAGUUUAUCCAAAAGAAGAAGAAGCACGUGGCCGGCAAAAAGCAAAGUGCCGCCGAUGCCAAAGCCGCGUCGCAGCAGAAAAAGAAACCUCACCAUUAAAACCCCCAAUAUAAAAAACCCCAUCCAAUAUUAAAAGACACG